ACUCAACUAAGUCAUCAACUUCCAAAAUCUUCGAGAAAUUAAUUACUUCGUAUUGUCUGUCAUAUAUGGCGCCACACGGAGAGGCUCUUGUCAGCUCCUACACUACUAGGAAGAACAACGACUUUUCCAAGCCGCCAAAACUGUCGUCCGACAACCUUCAACGAACGGUGUCGGACAUUUCGUACGAACUCAGCCAGGAAGGGAUCAUCGACUUAAACCUCCCGCCAAUCUCCGAAGUUGAAAACGCGAGGUGCGAGUGCUGCGGCAUGUGCGAGGAGUGCACGCCGGAGUACAUUGAGAAGGUGCGCGGGAAGUUCUUCGGGAAAUGGAUAUGUGGGCUGUGCACCGAGGCGGUGAAGGAAGAGGUGGAGAAAAAUGGAGGGAAGAGAGAGGAGGCUUUGAGUUCGCACAUGAUUGCAUGCGUAAGUUUUAACAAGUUCGGUAGGGCUUAUCCAGUUUUGUAUCAGGCCGAGGCCAUGAGAGAGAUGUUGAAGAAAAGCAAAUCAGGAAGGAGAGUGAGGGCCACGUCUAUUAGUCCAAGGGACAAAGGAGCGCAAAACAAGCCCGGCGGGAUCGCUCGGAGUUCAAGUUGCAUUCCGGCAAUUACAAGGGAGAUCAACGAUCUCGCCAUAGGCAAUUGAGUCCUCAUGCAAAAAGCCUUAAUAUAUAUAUAUAUAUAUAUAUAUAUCUCCGUUCCAACCUUUAAUUUUAAAGCCCAAUAGGAUUUUUCAUUAGCAAUAGAGAAGAAGCUAAUGUCUCUCCUUGAGCUUACACAUUAUUUCAUCAUCUCUAUUUAAUUGGUAGACCAACCUUUUCGUUGCCUUGCAAGGUUUUUUGGGUUAGUCCCAAGCUCAAAUCCGGAUCAUCAGCAAUUUGCAGCUCCUCAAAUUGUAAACAAUUCAGGCAAUAAAAUUGUUGAGAAUCUUUAUUUCCAGUUCUAUGCACUUUUUCAUCUCCGAGCUUUUGGACUCGUCUUUUAUGAGUUGAUCUCCGCCUAAAUAUCAGUUAUCCUCUAGGAGUUUCUUGGUUGGGUUCAGAUUCUCCUAUCUCUUGUACCUUCCAGGGUCAUGUACUAAUUAAAAGUGGUUCUAAAUCCUAAUAAUUAAUGUAUCUCACCCUUCAGGGUCUUUAUGGGUUUAAUUAGUUGUAAGAUGUUGUGAAGAGCUACCACCAUAUGGUCCUCACUCUUGUACUCUGACCUCAAGGUCUUUAUUUGUAAUUACCAGCCGUAUUUAAAGAGCUAGAAUCAUGUAUUUCUACAUAUUUACAGUUCUUCAAUAAUAUAGCCAUUUUACAUCUA